CGUCAGCCUGCCAAUUCAUCCAACCUCAACAUUAUCUGAGAGCCGCAGCCUUUUCCAGAGGGCACGAUUGCCCGGGGUGAGCAGUGAUCCUGCUGGAAGAGGCACCGCCAGCUGCUUGGCUGUAUCGCACCGCUGCCCUUAUCCCUGCACUCCAGGUCCGCCGCCGAUACCACCCUCUGAGAGCUAUCGCAAGCGUCCCGCGAUAGCUUCACCGCCUGCCGUCUCCGUUAUCUUCGUCGAGGCCCUCCGAUAAAGUGCCUGAUACGCGUUGUGUCCGUCCGUCCACCUCGCUCGCCCGCACACGACACCCCUCGACGAUGGCAACGGACUUCUCGACUGCGACUGUGGCUCCCCAGCCUGCUCUGUAUCAACACCACGCCUACAAGACCUCCGCACACUACACUCCGAUGGGCUCCGGCUCCAACACUCCUGCGAACAUUUCCCCGACUUCUCCUCGGAGUGCCGCUCACCUCCCCACCCACCCGAACUACGCCCCGCCUAUCCGGCCGAUGAAGCCCCCGCUAUAUGUGCCGGCAGCGCUGAGGAAGACGGAGAAGUCGGCGCGACCAUCGCCCCCAAAGGUUGACUCGGUAGUCGAUACCCCCGAUGGCAGCUGGAGUGCGGGUGCUGGGCUUCGGCGACCCACGAAUGACACCAUCGACACCAGCCUUUCCCGCAUUCCGACCGAAGACAUGCACAGCAUCUAUAACGACAUGCCGCUUUCUCCAAUUGCCGGACCGAUCACGAGAAACCACUGGCAGCUCGACACUUCCACUGCCGAAUGCAAUGCUUCGGCAUGCCAGACGCGAUUCUCCUUCUUCACCCGCCGACACCACUGUCGCAAGUGCGGUCACAUCUUCUGCUACCAACACUCCCAGAAGAAGGUGCAGCUUGACGAGCAUGCCCGGUUCCAUCCCGAGGGCGAUUUUCAUCGUGCAUGCGACCGAUGUCAUAGCCAGUUUGUCCAAUGGGAGCGCAUGCGUUCCAGCCGCGCCAACAGUGAGAGCUCAGACAGCACGGCCGCAGUCCAGAUCGACACUCCCACAGUAGCAAAACGCCCCGAGGCGAAUCGGGUCGGCAGUCUCGCUUCUAGUUUCCAAGGCGCCUGGAACUGGAGUACCUUCUAGGCUGCUCGACGUCGUCACAAUCUUCUCUUUAACUUUAUGAUGAUAUCCAGGCCAAUAAUCGGUUCCACCCUCGAUAUUUGGUCUCUUCAAACUUCCUUUUGAGCUUCCUAACGAAGCAUAUGCAUAAUAGCGUAGCAUCCUGGCGUUCUGCAUUUACCGACGGUUGUCCGAUUUCCUGCGAUUCAGCGUUUCCACGGUGCGGAAUAUGUAGAC